GUUCAUUAUUACGUAAAAAUAAAACGGAGAGAUUUAACGUUUCUUCAUACUGUAUCAUUUCAUUAAAUAAUUGUUUUUUGUAAAAAGAUCAAUUUUAUAAAAAGACCACUUCAAAAAUGAGAAUGAGCCUAGUUAAUGAAAUAAAUGAUAAAUAAAACAAUAAAAAAGACUUUAUCUUUGUUGUUGUUUGAAAUACUUUGCUAGUCACAUAAAUCUUAAACAUCAAAAUGCAAAUAAAUGAUUUCAUUAAAAAAAAUAAUCGAUUUUACAUAGGUACAUGCAUUUUAACUUCAUAAUGUAGACAUUUCUUUGCAUUUUCCACUCGUGCUCAGUUUCGGUUUCACAGGAUGAUAAAUGCUCGGCGCUGUUGUCGUUAUAAUAUUGUGUUGCUGUACAAACAACCUUCGCUGCUUCUUUGUGCGCCAUCAGGCUACCGGUGGAGUAACUGAAAGCGGGAUGGGCGAGGACGCAUGUCCUCACAAGUUACAGACGUCCAGACGCCUCCGACUCAUUUACGUCCUAUUUCCUGUCGUCGGCCUGGUGGUCGGUGUGAUGCUUGUGCUCGCUCUCAUUGCUAUGAUUGGCGGCCAUGUCUCACACUCCAGCCCCCUUCCUUCUCCAGAGCUGAUAGCUAACAGGGAGCACGGUUACUGUGGGAACAGGACAAUCCCCUCCCUCCCGGUGGAUGCAUCUCAGGCCCCGCCCACUCCACCAAUCACGACGGCCACCGAGUUUCUAACGUCUCUCCCAUCGCUGAGCUCUACCUGGCUGACUGGCGCCACCUCUGCAUCAGACACAGGUGGUUGCCAGCCACUGUUGGAGCCUCAAUGUCACAUGUUGCCAUACAACCAAACAUGGCUGUCCUCUGCCGCCGCUGUGGUGAAGAGCUCUGAGGUGGACAUGUUGCUAAGGUUCUUCAGCUACUUGAGCAGACUGUCCUGCUACAAGCACAUCAUGCUGUUCGGCUGCUCUCUGGCCCUGCCGCAGUGUUUCCACGACGACGCCAAUCAGCACAGGUGGGUGGUGUUGCCGUGUGCGUCCUUCUGCGAGGCGGCCAGGGAAGGUUGCGAGCCCGUCCUGCAGAUGUUCAACGCCUCUUGGCCCGACUUCCUGCGUUGCUCGCAGUUCAGCCGGGACACCUCAUCGUCCGGAGCGCCCCCGGCCUGCUAUACACCCCGACAAGCUGUGGGCAAACCAUCUGCAUGCGGCGGGAAGGAAAACUUUCUGUGUGCCACGGGGAUUUGUGUCCCUCAGAAGCUGGUGUGCAAUGGCCAAAACGACUGCGACGACUGGAGCGACGAGGCGCACUGCGUGUGUUCAGAUGCGCAGUUCCGCUGCCAGACGGGCCGCUGUCUGCCGCCGCUUCUGCUGUGCGACGGCUACGACGACUGCGGAGACCUCAGCGAUGAGCUCAACUGUGUGUGCGACGCGACGCGGGAGCAUCGCUGUGGCGACGGCCGCUGCGUGUCAAGGGAUUGGCUUUGUGACGGCGAUCACGAUUGUGUCGACAAGAGUGAUGAGCUCAACUGCUCAUGUCGGAGCCAGGGUCUUUGGGAAUGCCGUAACGGGCAGUGUAUUCCUCCGGCGUUCCGCUGUGAUGGCGAAGACGACUGCAGGGACGGCAGCGACGAAGAACUUUGCAUGCGCGAGCAGCCUCACACUGCGUGCCCCCCUACUCAACCGGGAUGCACGUCCACAUCCUGUGACUCGCGACACCACAACUGCACCGGCUGUGAGCCAAUCAGCUUGGAGCUGUGCAUGAACCUGCCUUACAACCACACGCGCUUCCCCAACUUCCUGGGUCACGUGUCGCAGCGGGAGAGCUCGGUGUCGUGGGAGUCGUCGCUCUUCCCGGCGCUGGUUCAGACGGGCUGCUACCAGUACCUCAUGUUCUACGCCUGCACGCUGCUCGUACCCAAGUGCGAUCCACUCAGCCUGAGCACCGUGCCACCCUGCAGGUCUCUGUGUCGCACGGCAAAGGAGAAGUGCGAGUCGGUGCUCGGAAUCGUGGGCUUGCAGUGGCCCGAUGACUCGGACUGCGCUCAGUUUCCCGAAGAGGGCGGAAACUUGACGUGCCUUCUGCCCGAGGCUGGCGUGGACGAGUGCUCCCCCAGCCACUUCAAGUGUCGCUCCGGACGCUGCGUCCUGGCCAGCAAGCGUUGCGACGGCCUCGCCGACUGCGACGACCGCAGCGAUGAAGACCACUGCGGCUGCACCGAACGAGCUCUGUGGGAAUGUCCAGGCAGCGGCGUCUGCAUCAAGACCAGCAUGAUCUGCGACGGCUUCCCAGACUGCCCCCUGCUGGCUGACGAGGUCAACUGCUCGGCGUGUGGAGAUAAUGAGUUGGCAUGCAACAACCACGAGUGCGUGCACAGGACCUUGUGGUGUGAUGGAAAGAAACACUGCAGCGAUGCCUCCGACGAGUGGGACUGUGUGUCUCUGAGCCAGUCGUCAGGUUCCAUUCUGACAGUGUUGAGGACGGCGGACCGCUAUCACGUGUGUGCCGACGAGUGGAACCACCAGCUCAGCAAACUGACCUGUGACCAGCUGGGACUAGGGGUUCCUGCCUCCGUUUCCAUGGUACCCGAGCAGGGAAGUCCUCCGGGCCGCCGUCGCUGGUUACAUGUUCAUCCCGAGUGGGCGGAGCGCAAAGGCUUGGCUCUACAGGCACGCCUCGAGAAGAGGAGUCACUCGUGUCAUUCCGGCGAGCGAGUGGCUUUCGACUGCGUCAGAGACGAAUGCGGCCUGCGCCCGGCGCUUGGCGCGCAUCUCUCAAGGCAGAAGAGGAUUUUGGGAGGCCGCGUGGCGCGACAGGGGGCGUGGCCGUGGCAGUGCUCUCUGCAGAGCGGUCAGAGCGGUCACGUGUGCGGCUGCGUCCUCAUCGGCACCAAGUGGGCCUUGACGGUGGCGCAUUGCUUCGAGGGGAGAGAUAAGGCCCACCUGUGGAACGUUCUCCUGGGUCUCAACAACUUGGACCAUCCCGGCGUGCACAGCCAGAGGCGUGCCGUGCGGGCCAUCACUCUACACCCACGCUACAACCGUGCCGUGGUGGACUACGACAUCAGUGUGGUGGAACUGGACUCUGAGGUGGAGGAGACGGAAUGGGUGAGGCCCGUGUGUCUGCCCGGACCCAAUCAGAUUCCCACUCCGGACUCCUAUUGCUACAUCACUGGAUGGGGUCACAUGGGCAACAGGAUGCCAUUCAAGCUGCAGGAGGGCCAGGUACGGAUCAUCUCCAUGUCCCAGUGCCAGUCCUACUUUGACAUGAAGACCAUAACUGCCAGGAUGCUUUGUGCCGGUUACGAGGCCGGGACCGUCGACUCCUGCAUGGGCGACAGUGGCGGUCCGCUGGUGUGCGAAGAGUUGUCGGGUGGCCGUUGGACGCUGUUUGGCCUGACGUCAUGGGGCAGCGUGUGCUUCAGCAAAGUCCUGGGACCCGGCGUGUACAGCAACGUCAGCCACUUCACGCCGUGGAUACGCCAGCAGAUCUUCAUGCGCACGUACCUGCCUGACUGACGUGCAGGCUUCCUGUUCUUGAGCGGGUGUGACACGGCGCCGCACGCACUCAUUUGACACCGUUAGCCUUCAGAUGUUAGCUGCUGUAAUAUUAACAUGAUAGAGUUUAGCUAACGUGUUAGCCACUUACAGGAUAUCCAGGUUGAGGGUAUUAGCUAGGGCACAUUAGCAGAAUCACUGUCUAAUAACCAGUGAUGAAUUUUUUUCACUACUAGUGCCUCGUUUGGCCUACUAGCACAAUUUAUUCUAUAUCUUUUAUAGCCAUCUUAAGGUGUACUAGUACUUGGAUUUUCAUUUGGAUAUCAAGGAUAUGGAAUAAAUGCUCAAAAAGCUUUUUUUUUGUUGAGUAGAGGUUAACAGCGUGUGAUACACAAUACAAUACAUGCUAAUUUAUAUAGCGCUUUCACAAUAGCGGCAGCUGUAACAAAGCGCUUAACAAAACAGUUAACAUAAAGUAAAAUAAUAAACACAACACAUAACGUAAAAGACGGGCAGUGUGAUGUUUGUGAUUAUUCCUGUGUUCCGUCGGUGUUGUUGCUAGCUCAACUUGUCUAGCGUAGGCCCAAAGAGGAAGCUAACACGCUAAUGGCGACAGGCAGAAAUUUCUGUGACUUGUUGAUGUUUGUUCAUUCCUUCACGUUCACAUUCCUGGUCGCUAAUGGUUAGCUGUUGUCUGGAAGAUUUGCUUUUAUCAAGAGUAUUUUUCUACACUUUUUUGUACAUCACGUGUGUGUAUCGUGGCGGGGGGGGGGGGGGAAUCCUCCUAUGAUGUCACUUCCUGCUUUUGUAUUGUGAGGAGCCAUGUAAGGGAAGUGAAAUGUUUUUUGUGUUCAAUAAUAAAGCUACACACACCUGCUCAAA